CAUUAUUAGGCUGCCAUUAACAAGGCAGGAUUUGAUGAGGCGGACCACCCGAACAGCCUGCUCCUCAUCCCACACGAGCCAACUCCCUCUCCUCCCUCUCCCGCUGGAUAUCAUCAACACUUCUUCGUCUCUCUUCUAUCUUCUCAACGCCUCCCUCCUUCCUCUUCCAUUCCUUAAACCCUUCGAAAAUUCUCUGUUCUGUCGAUUCUUCCCUAUACGUGUAAGUUAUUCCAGGUUUCAACUCUCUCUGACUCUCUGUAAUGGCGGAGAAGCUAGCUCUGCCUCUCAUCCUUCCGAGCCCUCCAUCACCGAAGCCCAUCUCCACUCACCACUUCAAGCUCUAUCCCUCGUCUCAGACCCUGACGCCUUCCGUGCCCCCCAUUCUCCACAACCUCCUUCAAGAACCAGACCCCAUCAGCUCCCUUAACCCUCCAGACCCCCACCCCCAUCAUCAGUCCCAUUUCCGACCACCGGAUAUUGCUUGGGUUCCCAGAACCCGCAUCCGCACCCGCAUCGGGAAGUCCCGCGACUCGAACCGCGGGAAGCCCUGGGCCCACCACCGCCUCUCCCCUCAAGGUCAGGACUUCGUCCAACUCCUAAUCGACCCGUCAUUCGAUGCCGCUGGAGUUGGCAAGGCCAUGCUCGGGUUGAUCGAAUCAUACGACGAGGACGGGAGUUUUAGUGUGGAGUUCUUGGGCGUGGAAGUCCUCGGCAUUGUGAAAGGUUUGGGGUACUAUAAAAAGUGUGACUUGGCAAUGGGCGUGAUCGAUUGGGUUAGGAAUCAUAGAGACUUUUCCAUGGCCAUCAACAGCUCUGUUCUUGCUGUGAUUAUUAAUAUCCUUGGCAAGGAGGGUAAAGUUUCGGAUGCAGCUGCUCUGCUGCAUAGCUUUCAGAAGGACGGACUCGAUAUCGAUGUGUAUGCAUAUACUUCGUUGAUAACUGCAUUUGCUAGCAACGGGAGGUAUCACGAUGCGGUGAUGGUGUUCAAGAAAAUGGAGGAGGAGGGUUGUAGACCAACGCUAAUCACUUACAAUGUGAUCUUAAACGUGUAUGGGAAAAUGGGUAUGCCUUGGAAUAAGAUUGUAGGGAUAGUAGAUGGAAUGAAAAGUUCUGGAGUUGCGCCCGAUUUGUAUACUUAUAAUACCAUUAUAAGCUGUUGCCGUCGCGGGUCCUUGUAUGAGGAGGCUGCUGAAUUCUUUAGAGAGAUGAAAGCGCUUGGGUUUAGCCCCGAUAAGGUCACGUAUAAUUCUUUAUUGGAUGUUUAUGGGAAGUCUCGGCGGCCCAGAGAGGCCAUGGAGGUCCUCAAGGAGAUGGAGAUCAGUGGGUUCUCACCGACCAAUGUGACUUACAACUCCUUGAUUUCUGCUUAUGCUAGGGACGGCCUAUUGGAUGAAGCUAUGGAGAUUAAGAACCAAAUGGUCGAGAAAGGAAUGAAGCCUGAUGUGUUUACAUACACUACCCUGCUAUCGGGCUAUGAGAAAGCUGGGAAGGACGAGUUUGCUGAGAGGAUCUUUAAUGAGAUGAGAAGCUCGGGAUGCAAACCGAACAUUUGCACCUUCAAUGCGCUUAUUAAGAUGCACGGGAAUCGGGGGAAGUUUGAGGACAUGAUGAAGGUGUCUGAGGAGAUUAAGAAAUGCCACUGCAAGCCUGAUAUCGUCACUUGGAAUACUCUUCUUGCGGUUUUCGGUCAAAACGGGAUGGACUCGGAGGUUUCUGCAGUUUUUAGGGAGAUGAAGAGGGCGGGCUUCAUUCCCGAGAGGGACACCUUUAACACGUUGAUUAGUGCAUAUAGUCGAUGUGGAAACUUUGAUCAGUCAAUGGCCAUAUACAAGAAAAUGCUCGAGGCAGGUGUUAGUCCGGACCUAUCCACCUAUAAUGCGAUGCUGGCAGCAUUAGCCCGAAGAGGGCUGUGGGAGCAAUCAGAGAAAGUGUUAGAAGAGAUGAAGAAUGUCCGCUGCAAGCCCAAUGAGCUAUCUUACUGUUCUCUACUUCACGCUUAUGCUAAUGGGAAGCAAAUUGAGAGAAUGUCUAUUCUUGCGGAGGAGGUUUACUCUGGUAUGAUUGAACCACACGCAGUUCUUUUAAAGACCCUUGUUCUGGUUAACAGUAAGUGUGAUCUAUUGAUCGAGACUGAGAGAGCAUUCUCAGAGCUAGAGCGGAGGGGUUUCUCUACGGACAUCUCGACUCUGAAUGCUAUGAUCUCAAUUUACGGGCGGAGACAGAUGAUGGGGAGAACUAACGAGAUACUCAACUUCAUGAAGGAGAGUGGUUUCACACCCACCUUGGCUACCUACAAUAGCCUGAUGUACAUGUACAGCCGAUCGGGAAGCUUCGAGAAGGCAGAGGAAGUCCUAAGAGAGGCUCUUGUCAAAGGCAUGAAACCUGAUAUUAUAUCAUACAAUACCGUCAUUUUUGCUUACUGUAGAAACAGUCGAAUGAAGGAAGCCUCGCGGGUUUUCUCGGAGAUGAAAGAAGUCGGGCUCGACCCAGAUGUUAUCACUUACAAUACCUUCAUCGCAAGUUAUGCUGCUGACUCAAUGUUUGCUGAGGCUAUCGGUGUUCUCCGGUACAUGAUAAGGAACAACUGCAGACCGAAUCAAAACACAUAUAAUUCUAUUGUUGACUGUUACUGCAAGCUUAAUUGCGUUGACGAGGCUGGGACAUUCAUUGCAAAUCUUAGCGAGCUUGAUCCUCAUGUAAGUAAAGAUGAAGAACGCAGGUUGUCAGAGAGAAUAAGGAAGAAAUGGACAUAGUGAAGAGCUUUACUUUUAGGGCUUCGUGUCUAUUUCGAGAAUCCUCUGCAUGCAGAUUCGAUUGGAUGCUUCACCAUUUUCAGGAAGCAAGAUGCAGGCAAUGUAGAACUGCUGAAUAUAACCCGGACAUGUCGCGCCAGCGCAUUACUAGAAAACGAAUUUCAGGUAUUCUCAUGACUCGGGUGUUACCAUCUUUUGAGACGUUGAGGAUGCGAAAGGCCGAUGUGUGAAGAAGUAUGGGAAGUGCCUGUGGUAAUGUUUGCAUGUACAGACUAUCUACCCAUGACGAUGUCGGCCUAGAAAUCAGUCCUUAUUUUUGAAUUGGUUCAUUUACGCAUUCAAUUUGUGAUUCCCCGGAGGCUUAAGGGGCCGUGGAAGUUCAAAACUAGUCGUAAAAAAGGCUGGACAUGGGAUACCUGAGCCAAAUGCACUGUUCAGUUCAAUGUAUUGAUGUAUAGGAGAUCCAUGAACAUUUCAUCACAAAACGUUUGUUGUGAAUUUGCAAGAAAAAUCGCUCAAAACUGAAGAUGUUCCAUCACUAGCAGCAUCAGUGAAAAAGAUUGAUGUAGACCAGAAGUCCGAUAGAAUGCAAAGAGCAGUUAUCUUGUAUAUUGCAUAAAUGAUAUUUCAUAUAGAGAUCCCCCUUAAGCAUUA